ACUGCCAGUACUGGCAGUUAUAUCGGAACACAACCUGACACAACCUUUGUGUGUAUAAUUGGAGAUAACCUUAAAUCAGUUCUUUUACUUUUAGAAAAGUAUAUUAAAUAAUCGGAAUUUGAUUCCGAAAUUGAAGGCAUCAUAUAUUUUAGGAGAAAAACUUUUUAUACUUAAUAUAAACAUUUAUGUGAUAAUAAUACGAACAAAUUGAAAGCACUUAACCUUCAUCGAUCUGGAAAGCAGGCAGAAAACAUUUUACAGUUUACAAAUAAGUUGAAGACACUAUAAUUUAUUAUAAGUUAUUAUAAUCUUUAUUAAUAGUAAAGAACAGGCAAACAGUAUUUCUUAGUUGAAUAUCAUAUAUUAUUCUGUAAAAAGCAAAAUAUUAUUUUGACCAAAAUGACAACACGAGAGAUCUUAACCAUUCAAUUGGGUCAUUAUUCGAAUUUUAUCGGUGCGCAUUGGUGGAACCUACAGGAAUCCAACUUUACGUACGAUCCAAAGAAUCCAUCUGAGAUAAACCAUGAUGUACUGUAUAAAGAAGGCGAAAACUUGCGAAAACAAGUUACAUUCACUCCAAGAUUGUUAAUAGCAGAUUUAAAAGGAACACUGGGCUAUCUGAAUGAGCAAGGUUCUUUAUAUGAUACAGGAUCUUCAAAUAAUCAGCUGCUAUGGGAUAGCACAAAAUUGGAAAUUACAAACGCUGAGUCUAAUCCAAAAACACCUUUUAUUCAGAAUUUAAAUAAACCCGAUAAAGCUGUGAAUUUGGAGACUUAUAACUUUGAAAGUGAUGUGAAGUCAUGGGUCGACUAUCUCUUACCAUUAUUUCAUCCAAGAACAAUAUCGAUUAUCAAACAGUAUUCACACAAUUGUACGCAGCAGCCAUUCAAUAUAUUCACGUAUGGUCGCGAUUUAUGGACUACGGAACAAUUCUCUGAUAAUUUUGCAGACAGAAUACGAUCUUGUGUAGAAGAAUGUGAUUUAAUGCAAGGAUUUCAGGUGCUUAUGGAUUCUACCGAUGGUUUUGCCGGUCUUGGAGCAUCUUGCGUUCAACAUCUAUGCGAUGAGUACGGAAAAAGUAUCUUGGCAUUUCCAUGUCUUGACUUUAACAAUGCCGAGCCUAGUGCAUCGGACUUGAUAAAAGUUGUCAAUACAGCAUUAUGCUGGCAACAUAUCGGAGAGCAUUCGUCGCUUUAUAGUCCACUCUCUUGUGGACAAGUCGGUUGGCCAUUUGCAGCCGAUUCACGUAAAUUCGAGAACAUAACGUAUAGUCCAGAAUUAAAGUAUCACAGUAGCGCGAUAUUAGCGACCGCUUUAGACACAUUGAGCUUAAGAUACAGGACCAAAAAGUAUCCAGGCGCAAGCUUAUCCGAUUUGUGUGCCGAUUUGAACAAGCUGGGUCGCAAAGCCGCGGCGACUAGUCUGAACCUGCCGUUUCCAAUGAAGAUGAAAAUGGAUUUAAUAGACGUACUAGAUGAAUUCGAAGGAUCUCUGUGGACAAGCCUGACACCAAGCUGCGACAUACCGAUGGAUAACAAUAUGCAAAGUAUAGCAUUACGGGGAAUUCCCGAGGACAGAAUAAAGCGACCUAUUCAUGAAGCUAGCAAACAAAUGUCUAAACCGGCAUACAGAUGUUCCAGCGUACACGAAAUGAUGACGCUAUAUCUGGCGUGUACGUUUCACGCGUCAGCUACAUAUUUAACCAACAUUGAGGCACCGCUGAAAAUUGCUUUACCAUAUCCAAAGAUCUUUAAUAAUAACGUAACCGAGGACGGAAAUAUUGCUGACUGGCCCAUAGGAACUAAUGUAAACUCGGUUGCGGUAAUGGCUGGAAUGCACACUGGCAGUAAUGUCGCAGCAAUGUAUGAAUCUCUACUAAAGCAAAUCAAAAGGAUAAGAAGUAUCAAAAAAUUCCACGCUUUUACAGAUUCUGGACUCGAAGAAGACGAAUUUACGGAAUGUAUUCAUAAUUUAAGUGAUUAUAAAGAAGCAUAUGAAAAUUACUAUAUCUAAAGAAUGACUGAAUUGUAAAUAGCAAUUCGACGUAAUUUUAAUAUUCAUUGCAUUUUGUUAUUACAUUUGCGAUAUCUUGUACAAUAAACUAUUUUGUAAUAGACUAACAGAAACGUUUAUAGAUUUAAUUUGUACGAUUAAAAAUUGAAAUAUAACAUUCUUCUACGAUUGUAUGAAUACAAUUAAUAUAAUUGAUGUUUUAUAAACACUUGAAAAUA